AUGUUGUCGAGGAUAUAUAACAGGGGAGUAUACUCUUGUUUGAGGUCAGAUUUUGGGGGUCACAGUGUCCGGACGUUGUUUCAGCUGAAAACAGAUCCAAUGACUCAGAAAUCGCGACCCAGUUCUGAUAUGGCGAAGUUCCGGGAAUGUUUGCGUAAAGCAAAGCACAUUGUUGUUCUGACUGGUGCAGGAGUUAGUGCUGAGAGUGGGGUGCCUACUUUCAGGGGAGCUGGGGGAUUCUGGAGGAAAUGGAAGGCACAGGAUCUGGCAACACCGGAAGCCUUCAAGUCGAAUCCUUCGUUAGUUUGGGAAUUCUACCACUACAGGAGGGAAGUGAUGGCCAGCAAGCGCCCAAAUCCUGCACACAUAGCUAUAGCCGAGCUAGAAAAGAGGCUGAAGCCACAGAACAGACGAGUGGUGGUCCUCACACAGAACAUUGAUGAGCUACACAAGGUUGCCGGCUCAGAGAACAUCAUAGAACUACAUGGAAAUCUAUUUACCACACGAUGUACCAAAUGUGGGGAUGUCAGCAGCAACAAGGACAGUCCAAUUUGUCCAGCCCUAGCAGGGAAAGGUGAACCUGAUCCAGAAGCGGUAGACGCAAAAAUUCCAGUGGAGCAGUUGCCCAUGUGUAAGAAGGACAGUUGCAGGGGUCUACUGCGGCCACAUGUGGUCUGGUUUGGGGAGGGUCUGGAUGAGGAGAUUCUCAGACAGGCGGGAGAGGAGCUGGAUGCAUGUGAUUUGUGUUUGGUGGUUGGGACCUCAUCCGUGGUGUAUCCAGCGGCCAUGUUUGCUCCACAAGUAGCUGCUAGAGGCGUACCAGUAGCAGAGUUUAACAUCGAGGAAACCCCAACUACCUCUUCUUUUGG